GAACGAGUACGCUGUUCCCCAUUUAAUGAAAUUAAUCACAAUAUAAUUAUCUUGUCUAGAGAAAGAAAGAGAGAGUGCUUGCAUCCUUGUUCACCCAAAAUCGUAACAUGACAAAGAAAAUGCAUAACUGAUAACUCACACCUACUGGAUGCAGGUUUAGCUAUCCCAACACCACACAGAUCACACAUCGACAUGAGUGUCAAAAUAUUAUGCUCUCUUUAAAUUGUGAUCUACACAAUGAAAGUAUGAACAGUGAAUUGAUGAAGUGGAUUAAUCAAAACUUUACACAAACCAGCUCUCUCAUGGAAAUGAACCAGUGCAACAGUUAAUUUCACCAGCUCUGUGUUAUCUUAGAUGUUCUGCUUAUCUCCGUACGAUGGCAAAAUGUGGUCCUGUGGAAUCAUUAAUAAAGAAUAAAUUAAAUGAGGCUUUACAUCCCUCCCACAUGGAAAUUGUAAAUGAGUCCUUCAUGCAUAAUGUUCCACCAGGAUCAGAAACACACUUCAAGAUCUUAGUAGUGUCUGAGGCAUUUGAUGGGUUGCCUCUGAUUAAGCGUCAUCGACUAGUUAAUACUACCCUUGAUGAGGAGCUGAAGACUGGAGUCCAUGCUCUUUCUAUUGUGGCAAAAACACCUGCCCAGUGGUCUGAGAAUCCACAGCAAAUGGAGUCCAGCCCUGCAUGCCGUGGAGGUUUUGGUAAAUAGUUGGAAUAAUAUACAAUAGAUUUUUGUAUAUAUUAUAGAUCAUAUAUAACUUUCAUGUAAAUAUAUAAAGUAUUUCUGUAUUAGUGUUGUCAGUAAUCAUUAGUUCAGCCCAGAAUUUGUUCAUAUCUGCAUGCAGAUGCAGAGUACCAUAUAUUUUCUUAGUUUUCAAUAAAUAAUUGCUGACAAUAAUGAACCAAAAGGAGAUGAACUAGCUCACUUGACAGGGUAUCAUUGGAGCCACUAUUUACAUUUUUACAUGAUUUAUAAAGGAGUACUUGAGGAUAUUAUGACAAUAUAUGUAGUAGUACUCUAUGAGUAAAUCACAUCACAAGUUUA